GCCGCUGGCCAGCUGAUUGUGCAACAUUGUUGUUGUCGUCGUCGUCGUCGUUGUUGUUGUUGUGUGGCACGCUGCGUGAAAAGCGUUAACAACAAUUUCGAAAGUGCGCAACCAAUUGGAUAUAAACAUAACAUAACACACAAAUCUUGCUCAGCCAAUUUUAGUAUUUCGAAAAACCAAAAUUGUUGAAAUUGCUAAUUGCUGGACUUUUGUUGACUGACUUUCACUCACGGACAGCAUGGAGGCUGCCAAAUUCAUGAACAUGCGUAAUGGAUUUAGCAAAUCUUUGGACGAUCAUUGCCAGCUUAUAACUGGCCCCAAAGAUGAGUCGCCCAUGCAAAUGUUUUACAAGGAUAAGGGCGUCUUCCUUACAGGCGGCACUGGCUUCUUUGGCAAAAUUAUUAUUGAGAAGCUGUUGCGCGUGACAGAGGUGGCACAAAUAUAUUUGCUAAUACGCACCAAGAAGGGCAAGGAUGCCCAUGCACGCCUUGAUGAUUUAUUCAACGAUCCAGUGUUUGCCAAAAUGAAACAGUGUAAUCCAAAGUAUCGCUGCCAAAUCACAAUCAUAAGUGGUGACUGCUCACUGCCAGGCAUGGGCAUUUCGCCGGAUGAACGCGAAACCAUUAAGGAGAAUGUUAACAUUGUGCUGCAUAGUGCGGCAACUGUGCGCUUCGAUGAGAAGCUUAAAAUGGCAAUCGCUAUAAAUGUGCAUGGCACCAAGGAAAUCAUUGAGCUGGCCAAAGGGAUUGUCAACUUAAAGGCCUUUGUGCAUGUUUCUACGGCAUUUGCACACUGCAACAUGCGAUAUAUACAAGAGAAAUUCUACAACGGCAUGAUGUCUGGUGAUAAUGCCUUCAAGCUAACCGAGUGUCUGGACGAGCAUACGCUUAACGCUUUGACACCCACGAUUAUCAAAGGCUAUCCGAAUACUUAUACCUAUACCAAAGUGCUGGCCGAGGAUGUGAUACAGCAGCAUGCACAGAAAUUGCCCGUGACCAUCUUUCGACCUGGCAUUGUGAUCACCAGCUAUCGUGAGCCAGUCACUGGCUGGAUCGACAAUAUGUACGGUCCUUGCGGCGUUAUUGUGGGCAUUGGCUCGGGCGUGCUGCGCGUUUUCACAGGCAAUAUGGACAACAAGGCGCACAUUGUGCCCGUCGACUUGUGCGUAAAUGCGCUGCUGGCAAGUGCCUGGGAUGUGGCACGCAAUACUUAUGAGACGCCGCCUAUAUAUAACUAUGUGCCAGAUGCGGAUAAUAUGGUCACCUGGCGCAAUUAUAUGGAGACGGGCUUUAAGCAUGCCAACGAUAUACCAAUGCGCAAGUCAAUUUGGUAUCCAUGCUUCACCAUUGUGCCGCACAUGUGGCAAUAUCAUAUUUUAUGCUUCUUAUAUCACACAUUGCCCGCUAUGUUUAUGGACUUGAUAAUGGUACUGAUGGGCAAAAAGCCGAGAAUGCUAAAGAUUUAUCGCAAAAUACACAAAUUUAGCAAUGUGCUGAAGUUCUUUAGCUCCAACGAGUUUCGCUUUGAUAAUGAAAAUGUGCGGCGUCUGGCUGAGAAGCUGGACGAGCGAGACAAACGUUUGUUCAGCUUUGAUAUGCGUGAGGUGGACUGGCAGCAGCUGUUCCUGGUCAGUCUGUAUGGGCUGCGCUUGUAUGUGGUCAAAGAUGAUCCCAGCAGUUUACCGGAGUCUGUGCGACGCGUUAAGCGCAUGAUGGUUUUGCAUUAUUGCACACUGGCCAUUGUUUAUUCGCUGACGGCUUGGGCGCUGUAUGGUUUGAUGAAGUUGUUAUUCUUCUAAGCUCGAAUUCAUAACUGUAUUUGGUAUAAUCAUAUUAAUUUUAUCUGUCUAUCUUCCAUGCAUUAGGCUAAGGCUUAGUUUUUAGUGCAUUCUUUGCUUAUGAUUAUGUUCAGUCAUACGGUUAAUGCGCUCUAUUCGAAUUCUCUGUAGUUUAGUUGAUCAUUUAACACACACUGUGUAUAUAUAAUACUUAUGUACUCUAUUUAUGUAUAAAACUAAACGAAUUGUAAUAAAAAUCGCUUCAAACCUUUUGGGA